GCUGCCGCGGGCUCGGCCGGGCGGGUGGCGCAGCGCCGUGCCGUGCCCGACGCUCAUCUCCGGCCGCCGGGGCGGGAGGAGCCGCGGGGCUCCCCAUGAAGCGCCGGAGGAUGAACAAGCUCUACAUCGGUAACCUCAGCCCCGCCGCCACCGCCGACGACCUCCGGCAGCUCUUCGGCGACAGGAAGCUGCCCCUGGCCGGCCAGGUCCUGCUCAAGUCCGGCUACGCCUUCGUGGAUUACCCGGACCAGAACUGGGCCAUCCGCGCCAUCGAGACCCUCUCGGGUAAAGCGGAGCUGCACGGCAAAGUGCUGGAGGUGGAUUACUCCGUGCCCAAAAAGCUCAGGAGCAGAAAGAUCCAGAUCCGAAACAUCCCCCCGCACCUGCAGUGGGAGGUGCUGGAUGGCCUCUUGGCUCAGUAUGGGACAGUGGAGAAUGUAGAGCAAGUUAACACAGACACAGAAACUGCAGUUGUCAACGUUACAUAUGCAACAAAAGAAGAAGCAAAAGUAGCAAUUGAGAAGCUCAGCGGCCAUCAGCUUGAGAGCUAUUCCUUCAAGGUUUCCUACAUCCCGGAUGAAGAGGUGAGCUCCCCUCCACCCCCCCAGCGAUCCCGCCGCGGGGGCCACGCUUCCAGGGAGCAGGGCACCUCCCCGGGGGGCUCCUCACAGCCCAAACAGCUCGAUUUCCCACUGCGGAUGCUGGUGCCCACGCAGUUUGUUGGUGCGAUCAUAGGAAAGGAGGGCUUGACCAUAAAGAACCUAACUAAGCAAACCCAGUCCAAGGUUGACAUCCAUCGGAAGGAGAAUGCUGGCGCUGCUGAGAAGCCCAUCACCAUCCAUGCCACACCAGAGGGCUGCUCCGAGGCGUGCCGCAUGAUUCUUGAUAUCAUGCAGAAGGAAGCUGAUGAAACCAAAUCAGCAGAAGAGAUCCCCUUGAAAAUCCUAGCACAUAACAGCCUGGUGGGGAGGCUGAUAGGCAAGGAGGGCCGCAACCUCAAGAAGAUCGAGCAGGACACCGGCACGAAGAUCACCAUUUCACCUUUGCAGGAUUUAACUAUUUAUAACCCUGAGAGGACCAUCACGGUGAAGGGCAGCACAGAGGCAUGCUCCAAUGCUGAAGUGGAGAUCAUGAAGAAGCUGCGAGAGGCCUAUGAGAACGACAUUGUGGCUGUCAAUCAACAGGCCAACCUGAUCCCAGGACUGAACCUUAGCGCUUUGGGGAUCUUCUCAACAGGGCUGUCCAUGCUCCCAUCCUCAGUGGGGGCUCGAGGCGCUGCCGCAGCCGCCCCUUACCACCCUUUUGCACAGAGUGGCAGGAGGAGAACGAGCUCCUCGGCGUACCUCUCAGGGCUGUAUGGAGCCUCCCCAGUUGGUGCCUUCCCACAUCAGCACCCCCUCCCUGAGCAGGAGGUUGUGAACCUGUUCAUCCCGACGCAGGCAGUGGGAGCCAUCAUUGGGAAGAAGGGGCAGCACAUCAAGCAGCUGGCACGCUUUGCAGGGGCCUCCAUCAAGAUUGCCCCAGCAGAAGGUCCUGAUGCCACUGAGCGGAUGGUCAUCAUCACAGGGCCACCCGAGGCGCAGUUCAAGGCCCAGGGGCGAAUAUUUGGGAAGCUGAAGGAAGAGAACUUCUUCAACCCGAAAGAAGAGGUGAAGCUUGAAGCCCACAUCAAGGUGCCUUCCUUUGCAGCUGGCCGUGUGAUAGGCAAAGGUGGUAAAACGGUGAACGAGCUGCAAAACUUAACGAGCGCAGAGGUCAUCGUGCCCCGAGACCAAACCCCAGAUGAGAAUGAGGAGGUCAUCGUUAAGAUCAUUGGGCAUUUCUUUGCCAGCCAGACUGCACAGCGCAAGAUCAGGGAAAUCGUCCAGCAGGUGAAGCAGCAGGAGCAGAAACAUGCUCAGGGAGCCCCUGCCUCGCAGCACAGCAAGUGAGGCUCCCUCCCAGCGCGCCGAUGAAUGUACCCCUGCCAGCAUGGGCAGGGAGCAACCAAAGAGCACCCCGGGGCACAGGGAUGAUGUGGGGACGGCCCCCUGCACCCCGCAGCGCCCGGCCUCUCCAUCCCACAGCCUCCGCCUGACUCGAUUCCUGACGCUAUCCCUUUAGUUGGACUAACAUAGGCAGAGGGGUUUGGGAUUUUGUUGUUUUGUUUGUUUGUUUUUCUAAUCGUUUCUAUUGUUUCCCCCAAAUGCCCCGUUUUGCAACCAUUCCCUGGCCAGGUGUGGCUGGAGGAUCCCAUCCGGCAUCCGUGCCGGUCAUAUAUUUUAGAAUUAAUAUAUCAAUAACAAAACUAAUGCUGGUUUUUAAUUUUUAUAAUUUUUUAAUUUUUUUUUUUCUUUUUCUGUUUUUUUUUCUUUUUUUUUUUUUUUAAUAUCACAGGGGUGGGAUGUUUGUUUUUAGUCAAAGCAGGCUUUUCUAGGCUUAAGGAAAGGAACUAGUCCAGUGGUUCUCUAAUGCACAGUAGCACAGAGUUGUAGGAUUGCCAGCAGGAACAACAAUUAAAGAAGUGUUAACGAGCAGUUUCUUCAGGGCUGUGAAAGCAGUGCCAUGGGGAUUGCCUGUAUGAGCCAACAGAAGGGAUACCGUCUCCUACCAGAGAAAACUCUCCCUUUCACACGCCCUUUCCUCUUUGCUUCACAGAGUCCAAAACUGGGUUUUGCAUCUGUUCUGCCCCAUGCCCUGUCCAUCUCUUUGUCUCCAUCACUGCCAGACAAAGCUGUGCUCAAUGUUAGCACCCCAAAACCAGUCUGCCCCUUGGUCAGCCCGCAAAGAACAACCCCCCCCUCCCAGGGCUCUUUUGGAGGAUAAAUUGCUUUUUGGGAGCUUUUUUUUUCAUAUUGGAGGGAGAAAUAAGAGAAAAAAAUAUUUUCAAAACGUUGUUGGCCCAGGGCUUGAAGAAAGAAAAGACCUUGCAAAAGUUUUUACAAGAACACAACACGCAUACACACACACAUACACACACACACACAAAGAACUACCUCAGGUUUUCGUACCUCAGCACCUUGCGCUUGUGUUUCCCUUUUAGAGAUUUUUUGUAUGCCUUGUAAAACUGAUAGUUGGAGCAUUUUUUUAUUUUUGUAAUAAAAACAAAAGUUGGAAAACUAUCUCGACCAAGUCAGCUGCGAGGCGGGAGGAGGAAACCAGCCCACGUGUCCGAGAGCUCUUCUGUAAUCUCCAGCUAGCCCAGGGCCAGUGGCCAUUCCUUUGGAGAAACGUUAAAAAGAUGAGAGGAAAAAAAAAAAGCACAAAAAAAAAAAAAAAAAAAGGUAAAAAGGAAAAAAAAAAAUAGCAAAAGGUGAUGAAAGCCAACCAGCAAAAGAAAGGACCAGGGCUGACCGCCCGGCGAGGUGCUGAAGGCUGAGCCCGUGCCAGCGAUGUACCGACAGACUGCAAUGCCAGUUUUUGUCUGCUGCAAAGUGUUCUGUGAAAAAAGCCAACGAUGACAACAACAACAAAAAAAACCAAAAUAUAUCCAGCUAACAAGAGCCUGA